AUGGCAAAAAGACAAAAAAAAUAAUAAUAAUAAAAUAAAAUAAAUGAAGCUCUGCCACCCCACCCCCACCAGCGCUUCGGUCCUUAUGUCCCUCCUCUGCUGGGCAACCAGGCAGGGCCCCAGGGCCUCCCAACUCAUGGUCCAUCCCUCUGUGACCUCAUUCCCCGCCCUGAUUCCAUGUGCCACUCUGUGACUUAAUCAAGAUAAGAUCUGUAACAGCUACCAAGCCCCAGAGGCCCCAAGGGCUCCGUUUCUUUUCAGGUCAAUUUGGUGGGUGGUUUUAGGGCUGAGCUCUCAGCAGAUCAUUCUUGCACCCGGGCCGGAGAGCCUCCUUCUCCAGAUACCAGUUGAUGGGUACUUGGCAUUUUCGACUCCCCCCUUGAGUGGCUUCAGUGAUCGCUGUCCUGGGCACCUCGCUGCUGUUCUAGAGCGUGUCUGCCGCCCGGUGGGCCCAGGCUCCCCGCAGGUGAUGGGCAGCAGAGCCCCUCCUGCGCCACAGCUGCCGGAGCGGCUGGGGACUCAGGUGGAGGAGAAGCACCUGCUGAGCAGCCUGGCCGCGGCGCAGGCGUUGGCUACAGUCCUGCGGCCCUGCUACGGCCCCCAGGGGCUGCAGAAGCUCCUGGUCACCGCCAAAGGGGAGACGGUCUUCACGGGGUAUGCCACGGCCAUUCUCCGCGCGCUGCAGCUGGAGCACCCGGCCGCCCGGCUGCUCCGGGAGGCGGCCCAGGGCCAGGCGGAGCAGAGCGGCGACGGCGUGGCCUUCGUGGUGCUCCUGGCCCAGGCCCUGCUGGCGCAGGCGGAGGACCUGCUGCGGGCCGGCCUGCCGCGCGCCCAGCUCCGGGAGGCCUACGCCGCCGCGGCCGCCGAGACCUUGGCCCUGCUGCCUUCCCUGGCCAUCCGGUCCCUGGGGCCCCUGGAAGACCCGUUCUGGGCGCUGCACUCGGUGAUGACCACGCACACGCUGGCGCAGGGGGACCGCUUGACCAAGAUGGUGGCGCAUGCGUGCUCGGCCACGCGGGAGCUGGACGGCGCCUUCCGGCCGGAGCGCGUGGGCGUGUGCGCGCUGCCAGGGGCGCGGCUGGAGGACUCGUGCCUGCUGCCCGGCCUGGCCCUGCCCGGCAAGCCCUGCGGCCAGGUGACCAUGGUGCAGAGGGGCGCCAGGGUGGCCCUCUUGGCUUGCGCCUUCGGGCCUGCCCGCCCCAUCGCACCGGCCACCGCGCUCCUCUCUAGUCCCGCGGACCUGACCGAACUCCCGAAAGGCAGCGAGCGGCUGAUAGAAAAGCAGGUGGGCCAGCUGGCAGCUGCGUCCAUUAACGUGGUGGUGGUUUGGGGCGACAUUGACGAGGAGACGCUAACGCAGGCUGACCAGCUCGGCCUCAUGGUGAUCCAGGUGCAGUCCCGGCGCGAGAUGGUGUACCUGAGCGAGGUGUUCGGCACACCCCUGAUGCCUUACCUGCUUCCGCCGCUGCAGCCAGGGAAGUGUCAGAGGGUGUAUGGGCAGGAGCUGGGAGAAGGGCUGGCUGUGGUAUUUGAGUGGGAAAGUCCAGGCACCCCUGCCCUCACCCUGGUCCUCAGGGGGGCCACCGCUGAGGGGCUCCGGAGGGCGGAGCAGGCUGUUUACCAUGGCAUUGACGCCUAUUUCCAGUUGUGCCAAGAUCCCAGACUGCUUCCGGGGGCUGGGGCCACAGAGAUGGCUCUGGCGAAAAUGCUCUCAGAGAAGGGAACCAAACUGGAAGGGCCCAGUGGUCCCGCCUUCCUGGCAUUUGCCCAGGCCCUGAAGUCUUUGCCCAAAACCUUGGCAGAGAACGCAGGCUUAGCUGCCGCUGACGUGAUGGCAGAGAUGAACGGAGCGCACCAAGCUGGGAACUUCCUGAUGGGAGUGGGAGUCGAAGGCACAAUAAAUGUGGCCCGGGAGCAGGUGUGGGACACCCUAAUAGCCAAAGCCCAAGGACUUCGAGCUGCGGCUGAUGUGGUACUCCAGCUCCUGACCGUUGAUGACAUUGUAGUCGCCAAGAAAUGUCCCACGCCCCAGCAGGACUUGAAUCCUGAUGCUGAGAAGCCAAAGGAACGCCCAUCUCCUGUGAAAAAAAUAAGUCCUUGGAAGAAAUAACUGGCAACAUCCUCAAUCAACUGGAAUUGCCAAGGAGGGCCGACUCACCCCGAAAACCAGUGUUUGCCUUAGCGAACUCCAUGUUUGGUGCUGUUUGAGUCCUUUCUUUAGAUAAACACAACGUAAAGAACCAUAA